AGAGCGCGCCUGGGUGAGCACGAGCGUGUGUGUGAAUGUGCUUCAGACAGUAUGGCUGCCGUUACCAACACUAUCGGGGUUUGUCCUCACUUUCACCGGGGUAGACAGUAACCUGCAGCGGACAGAAUCGUUAACAUCCCCGAGGGACACCGCCCAGCGACAAGACAGCAGAUGGCUUAACGAGCAGAUUCUUCCCAUAUAGCUGCGAGCUGGUACACAGCAGCGAGGGGAGGAGAGGAGCUUCUUGUGUGGAAAUUUCCGUGUAUGUUUUUUUAAAAAAGGAGGGGAUUUGUUUUGAUUUGCAGUUCAGAAAGUUCACGCCGCUGCCUGACAGCAACCUCGUUUACUACCUCUAAAACGGGGGGUAGGAUUUUAACCGGGCCCUUGUUUGCUUGGACGUGGAUCUCCUGUUGGAAUAUAUAUGAAGUUGAAGAUGCGUUAGGGAUGCGAAGACUCGAGGUUGCGCGUUUGUUGCUUCGGUAAAUAUUUCUACCAAGACUGUGAAAGGGGAAGAAUGUAGAUUUGUCAGUAUAGACCAAUGUGCUGAAACCGAUUACCCUCAGGUUUACAGCGCGGGGAGUGGUCCAUUAAACCGAAAGAGUCUCUCUUUUGAAAUAGAUUUUUGCCAAGAAGAAAACUGAACAAAAGAGAACGUUGUUUUGGAUUAAUGUGGGCUUGGAAUUCUGGCCUAAUAAAAAAUAAGCCGAAGGGAGACAUGCUCUGUCAUGAACGUGCUUGAUCUGUAAGGCUCUGUUGAGCUGGGCCGAUUCUGGUAUGAUAAGGUGUUUUUAUUCACCGUGCAUAUAGUUUUUGGAGGUAGUCGUAGUAAAGUCUGCCAACCUGGAUCAAGAAUCGUUAACUUUCGUCCCUGGUUGGAGCGACGCCCCCCAGCUGUCAUCAAUGCCUUCUGCAUUGGCAGUCUUUACCUGUCGGCCGAAUUCACAUCCCUUUCAGGAGCGCCAUGUGUACCUGGACGAGCCGGUCAAGAUCGGGCGCUCGGUGGCUCGCUGCCGGCCCGCUCAAAACAACGCGACGUUUGACUGCAAAGUGCUGUCCCGGAACCACGCUCUGAUCUGGUUCGACCACAAGACCGGCAAGUUCUAUCUCCAGGACACGAAGAGCAGCAAUGGCACCUUCAUCAACAGCCAGCGCCUGAGCCGUGGCUCGGAGGAAAGCCCUCCAUGUGAGAUUCUGUCUGGUGACAUCAUCCAGUUCGGAGUGGAUGUGACGGAGAACACUCGCAAAGUUACCCAUGGAUGUAUAGUAUCUACAAUCAAACUCUUUUUACCUGAUGGCAUGGAGGCUCGGCGCCGGUCAGACGUCAUUCAAGCUCCAUUACCACUUCCUGUAGAUAAGGUUGCUGCUAAUACUCCCAGUAUGUAUUCUCAGGAACUGUUUCAGCUCUCUCAGUAUUUACAGGAGGCCUUACACCGGGAGCAGAUGCUGGAGCAGAAGCUGGCGACCCUGCAGCGCCUGCUGGCCAGCACACAGGAGGCAUCAGAGAGCAGCUGGCAGGCUUUAAUAGAUGAAGAUAGGCUGCUUUCAAGGCUAGAAGUCAUGGGAAACCAGUUGCAAGCUUAUUCAAAAAACCAAACUGAAGAUGGCAUUCGAAAGGAGUUGAUAGCAUUGCAAGAAGACAAACACAACUACGAGACAACAGCCAAAGAGUCCCUGAGACGGGUUCUUCAGGAGAAAAUCGAGGUGGUCCGCAAGCUCUCCGAAGUGGAGCGAAGUCUGAGCAACACUGAGGAUGAAUGUACCCAUCUAAAGGAAAUGAACGAGCGGACGCAGGAAGAGCUGAGCGAGCUGGCCAAUAAGUACAACGGAGCGGUCAACGAAAUCAAAGACCUUGCUGACAAGUUAAAGCAGGCGGAGGGCAGGCAGGAGGAGAUCCAGCAGAAAAGCCUGUCUGAGAAGAAGGAGCAGCAGCACAGGAUUGAAGAGAUGGAGGAGAAGGAGCAGGCACUGCAGGCACGCAUAGAGGCCUUGCAGGCAGACAAUGACUUCACCAACGAACGUCUCACUGCUUUACAAGUACGGUUAGAACAACUUCAAGAGAAAAAUAUUAAGGAACACAACAGUUUAGGAAUCCAGGUUGAGGACAUCUUGCCUACAAUGAAUGGGAGUUCAGACAAAGACCACUUUCUUUUAAAGAGUGGAGGGGACUGCACUUUUAUCCAACAGUUCAUUGAGUGCCAGACGGUAAAGCAGCUGAAAGGCCCAGUAGAUUCCACACAUAACAACAAGAUCUCCAGUUUGGAAGGUGUUAUUGAUGCUCAUCUAGAAAACAAUCAAACUGCAGAAGAAAAUUUCUUAAGUAGUCCUGAAAGACUCAAAGCCAAGCUUAUAGACGAUGGGCAUCGGAUGAAAGUUAUGGAAGAAACCAAGCUUUUGAAAGAAAACCAAGUAGAUGCAAAGGAAUCGGACAUGUCAGACACACUCAGUCCCAGCAAGGAUAAAAGCAGCGACGACACUACAGACGGUCAAAUGGAUGAACAAGAGCUGAAUGAAUCUCUGACGAAGGGUUCUCUAUUAAAAGAUGAGCUUCGCCGUGUGAACCUGGAGCCUGGGGACAGCGAGCAGGUGAUCGAGCACUUGCACAAGGAGCUGGUGGAAGCGCAGGAGCUAGCCAAGAGCGGCAAACACAAGUGUUUAGAACUGCAAUCGCUGCUUGAAGAGGAGAGACGAGCGAGCAAGCAGCAGACUGAGAACUCCACCAAGCAGAUCCAACUCCUGCAAGCCCAGCUGCACAAGCUGCAGGCAGACGUUGCCACACUGCGGGAGGAGAAGGAGAAUGACAUCAGCAGCACUCGUGAGGAGCUGUCCCAGGCCCAGGAGGAGGUGAGCGUGAUGAGGAGAGCCAUGGAGGCAGCCACCUCGGAGCGCGAGCGCGAGAUCACAGCCCUGCAGGAGGACCUGAGCAUGGUGCGGGAGGAGCUGGAAAAGUGGCGCGCGGCUGCCUCCCAGUACGAGGCUGAGAUAACCAGCCUGCAGGCCAGCUUCCAGCAGCAGAGUCGGCAGAGGGAGAAGGCUGCCGAGCUGCAAGAUGAGCUUGAGAGGCUCCAGAAGGAGUGUGCGACUCUGCAGGGUGAGUGCGCUUCCCUUCAGGAGGAGAAGGCCCCCCUCGUGGGGAAGCUGCAGAGCCUGGAGAAGGAGCUCGACAGCUCUCGCCAGCACAGUGUGGAGCUGACCAGUACCCUGAGUGUGCUGGAGAAGACUCGCAGAGACCUGGAGAGCGAGGCGGGAGUCCUGAAGGAGAAGCACCAGCAGGAUGCCAGUGGUCUCAAGGCUCAGCUUGCAGAGGCCAGCAACCGGACCAAGGGCCUGCAGAAAGAGUUUGAAGAGACUCAGGCUCUGCUCUCAGACCUGAAGGAGAGGUAUGAGAGAACAGAGCAGGAGAAACAGACCAUCACAGACGAGCUCCAGCAAUGUAAAGUGAAUUUGAAGCUGCUGCAGGAGAAAGAAAGCCAUGGUCGCUGGCUGCCCUGGAUGCCCGUGGUGGCCGUGCUGGUUGCUGUGACCGUGGUGGUGCUGUACCCUGGCCUGUCAAGGGGCUCUCCCUGAGAGCAGCCUCCCGAGCACACCGUCCUCACCCUCCCCAUGCUGCUUCCAUCGCGACACCCCGUCGCCUUCCUCCACACCUCUAAUCACAGGCACACACACUCGGCUCUGUCAGAGUGCAACAGUAGGGUCUCUCUGCUUUACCUGUAUAAAAUGGAACUGUACAUAUAUCGAGGGAAUAAAAAUUGUGACUUACUACUUCAACUCUAGGUAAUACAUUAUUUGCAGGGUUUUUUUGUAUGUGUAUGUUGGGAUUCUCAUAAUAUUGUGGUGGCAUAAACUAGGCUUUUUAGGUACCAAACUGUUCUCACAAGUUCAGGUGUGUUUUUACAGCAGGACUUGGUUGCUACAUUAGCUGAGGCAAUGUGGUCCUCUAGGUCAAGUUACUAGACACACAUUCACCCAGUCCAUCCCUCAGUGAUGUGCCAUUCUUACCCUCUCUGUGGCUUGAAUGUUUCAGGGGAACAGCUUAGACACUCCUCUACAAGAAAAUACAAAUAAAGAACAAUAUCAUUUCUCUUAUUUAGUUUUCUGAGAGAAUAUGAAAUAAGAACCUUCUAUUAAAAAUGUAUAGGUGCUUUAGCCAGGGUAUAAAAUGAUCUGUACAUUUUUGUAUUGUACCUUCAAAAUUAAGACUUCCGUGCAUUUAAAAAACGAAACACUACGUAGCAGUUUGGGGUGUCAGUAUUUUUGUUAAAGGAGUCCUCUGCAGUAGCUGGUACAGUGACAGAGCUAAUACCGCAAUUCAGCGAUGUGCAAUCUUCUCGCAUAUCCUCUCCACAUCAACUCCCACCCGAUUUCAGGGCUGCUUAUAAAUGCCUGAUUGCAAGGUCACCACUGUAAAGGAGGUGUUACAUCUCACUGUUUUUUUACCCUGAAAAAAGAAAUAUAAAUAAAUAAAUACAAUCCAAACCAAAAUGUCUCGCCUUCAAGUUAAAACUCCCAAUUCCAGCAGCCUUGUGCAGGACUUGUGCAGUGUUACAGUUUCAUAUAGGUUCAGUUCAGUUUCCAUGCCAAAGGCACAUCAACAUGUUUAGUGUAAGUGUUUAUUACAGUGCAUGUGUAUAGUGUACAUCUAACACCUGACCGCACACUUCUAGCGCUUCCUCGUCGCACUCAGCGCUGUAGUCUUGAGUCGGCCUUGGGGGGGGGGGGGGGUGUUUGUACAUAUUUCCACAGUUUCUGUUUAUUUGUUGAUAGAAAGUAAAGACACAUUUAGAUGGAGUGCUGUUGUACCAUGAGGAAACAAUGCAGUUUGAAAUCACCACCCCUUCCUUUGGUUAUACCUCAAAUGUUAAAGAAAAUGUAGUUCACUUUUGCAACUUGGGCAUUUUACCCAUAAGUCUUUGUUUUUUUAAAUGUUGCAUAUCAUUUGAUGAUAGGAUUAAAAAUGGGAUUAACGUUGGGGCAUGCAUUUGGCACACCUAGGUCUUGAAGGGGUUUAGUUUUAAUCAGUUACUAAAGGACCUUUUAAUGAGGUUGAGCCACAGAAUCUGAUUUGGUUCCAGUAACACCACAGUGUAUCUCUGCAGAUGUAAGGCAUGCAGAAAGACUGCAUUCAGAGAAGUUGAUCAAUUGCACAGCUGUCCUGUAAUCUGAUCAAAUGCAAUCCCGGUACCCAUUAUUUUUGUAUUUAUUUAUUUUUCUUAAUACAGGCAUGCAAAUUAUCAACGAUUAAAUCCACAAGUCCCUCACCUUGCAAGCUGAACAUGAUAAAAUGUUCUUAACAGGAAUAGAUUUAGAGUUUUAAAGUUUAAUGAGUAAAUAGGAACUUUAGUGUUUUAAAAGGAUGGGGGGGUGAAUGUAUACUUUUAUAAAUAUUACUAUUGUUGGGUGUUUGUUGAUUGACGAAUCAUUAAUUUGUGAAAAAAUGUACACAAGCUGUAAUAGCAACAAUGUUCUGUGGUAAUCCGUUUCCUUUGACAAGAAUAAAGUACAAACAGCCGCCCAACUGCAACACAACUCAUUUGCCAGCGGUGCUUGUGAGUACCUUCCUGUACAAAGCAGUGCUUGCGAGUACCUUCCUGUACAAAGCGGUGCUUGUGAGUACCUUCCUGUACAAAGCGGUGCUUGUGAGUACCUUCCUGUACAAAGCGGUGCUUGUGAGUACCUUCCUGUACAAAGCGGUGCUUGUGAGUACCUUCCUGUACAAUGAGGUGCUUGUGAGUACCUUCCUGUACAAAGCGGUGCUUGUGAGUACCUUCCUGUACAAUGAGGUGCUUGUGAGUACCUUCCUGUACAAAGCGGUGCUUGUGAGUACCUUCCUGUACAAUGAGGUGCUUGUGAGUACCUUCCUGUACAAUGAGGUGCUUGCGAGUACCUUCCUGUACAAUGAGGUGCUUGCGAGUACCUUCCUGUACAAAGCGGUGCUUGCGAGUACCUUCCUGUACAAAGCGGUGCUUGCGAGUACCUUCCUGUACAAAGCGGUGCUUGCGAGUACCUUCCUGUACAAAGCGGUGCUUGCGAGUACCUUCCUGUACAAAGCGGUGCUUGCGAGUACCUUCCUGUACAAAGCGGUGCUUGCGAGUACCUUCCUGUACAAAGCGGUGCUUGCGAGUACCUUCCUGUUCAAAGCGGUGCUUGCGAGUACCUUCCUGUACAUAAUUUGUUUGCAAAUAUUGUCCUGAGAUGCUAAAGUUCAGAAUUACAUUUUUUAAAGUAAAUAAUUGUUUAAAAUCUAUUUUGUAAAGAUAUGGAAAGUACAGUAUAAAUUCUGGAGUACAGAUUAAACUAUUUGCACUAACACUUGUGAUGUGCAUGAUUUAAUAAAACAAACUUUACUCUC